AUACCAGAGGAAAAUGAAAAUGGAGGAGAUAGCAGGCGGAAGGGACCACUUCUGAAGUUUCAUUUUUCUGUUAGGAUGGCAAGCUUGGCAACUGAAAUCAAUCGCUUCAUCAGCUGUACUAAGAGGCUACAGAUCAUUUUAGAUGACACAAAAAGGUGUUUUGAUGAUAUAAAUGAAUCUGGAAAGUCAGAAGCUGGUCAGCUGUUUUCUGCAGAGCUUCUGCAGGAAGAAGAGCAAGAAAUCCUUGCCACAGCAAGAAAACCUCCAGGCAUUGUAAUUUUUGGACAGAACGCUCACUGCAAAUCCUGUGUGGUUAAUGAGAUCUUCAACAGAAACAUUUACCCGAAAUUUGAUAACAGAGACAUAAAUGGAAAUAAUCGUAUGGUUCAGUUCAAAUAUGGAAGUAAUCUGUCUAUCGGCUUAUCGCUUCCAGAUGGUUACGAUCUGGCAGAGAACUUGGAAGCAUAUAAGAGGCCUUGGAGCACUAUACCGAUAGAGGACAUUGAGAUUUCAGAGAACCCCAGUUUAGACGGGGCUAACGGAACUGCUGUGCUAGAAGUGUCGCUGAAUCACCUAAUGCUCCGACAAGGAGCAAAGGUGAUUGUGUCUCCUUCCAUAAGUGACCUUGAGAAUGACCUUCAACAGAAGUACAGUAAAUGUUGUGAGAAAGUCUCACCAAUUCUGCUGUAUGCAUUCCAGACCCAGGAACUGACAGAAAAUGAUUUAAGUUUCCUGAAGAAGCUACAGAUUAUAAGUCAUUUCCAGCCUGUGUGCUUCGUCGGGAUAAAUGCUCAACUGUCAGAUUCUAGUGAAGGAAAUACUGCUGACACUAAUCUCAAUGUUGAUGUAUCACAUCAAAAACAGGCAACAAACUGCAAUGGUUGUGAAGAUAUGCUUGACGACCAUGAAAACCGGAAUCUUUCGACUAUUUUUGAUGGACCCGAAUACUGUGUAUCUCCCAUGUCAUCGUCUGUGGAUAAGGUUCUCUGCAAACGUGUGUGUAAUGCUGUGAUAUUGUCAUCUUCUACUGUAUUUCGUCAACUCUGUGAUAUUGGAUAUUUGAGCGAAAGCCCAGGUGCUAGGAACCUUACCAACACUAUGACUACUGACUACUACGAGGUUGACAGUGAACUUAUCGAUAACUUUUCAUCGUUUUCCUCCAGGAUUGUAUACUUUGUUCAACAAACAAUUCAGCGGUAUCUUGUAAAUGCUGCAACCGUCCUGAACAACUGUCAUGAACGAUGUCUAAAUAUGUUCAUUGUCUCUGCAUUCGACAUGGCUCGUGACAUGAUGAUCACACCAAAAAAACUGGAAUUUGCGCGUGAGAAAGAGUCAGAGUUGUAUAAAUCUCUGAUGAAGAUUUCUGUAGAGAAAGGCGAUGAGAUUAAAUUGAUGAUAUCAGAGACGAUCCAGGGAAUUCACCAGAGUUUGGUGGACAAAGCAGCAGAUUAUGAGUUCUUAGGUGUGGAAUUUGAUGAUCAGGGUAUGAUAUUGACCACCAAGGGCCUAAAGAUAUGUACAUACCAAAUACAGGAACUAGUCCUAGGUGCUCUCAACCAGGCCAUCGCCGGCAACCUGGUCCGAUCAGUGGAUGUGCUUCGUGAUACCUAUACAGGAACAUUAAGUCGAUGUUUGGAGAGCCUCGAACGCUUUGAUGCAGAUCAUUCUCAAAGUUCAAGCAGUAAAUCUACCAGUGAGGCUCUAAAACAGAUCCUAAAUGCAGCAUACCAAGUAGAGAUAAGUCUCCAGUCCAGCUCGUCCUUUCUCCGAGUCAUACUGGAACGCAUGAAACAGAUGGUGAAGGCCAUGCCUUGGAGCACAGCACCUCGGAUAGAUAUAGAAUGGAAGAAGAAGGCUGCUGCAGACAUUCUCGCCAACCUCAGUGAAGCCAGGUUAGCUAAAAGCAUUUCAUCACAGAUCAAAGAGAGGUUGAACAAAUCCCAUGAUGCAUUCGCAAUCGCACUACGGCAGUUAGAACAGAAACACACAGGGAGACUGGACAAGAUUGAGGAAGAAAGACUCAAGCUGCGAAAGGUCCAUGCCCCUCGAGUCGCCAAGGUUGCACUGGAGAGCACCUCUCUCAAAGAUGUCAUAUUGCAUGGUAUGCCCCAGAUGAGUCGUGAGAUUGGGCGGGGUCAGUACGGGGUGGUAUACUCCUGCGACUCCUGGAGGGGUUUCUCUCCAUGUGCCAUCAAGUCAGUUGUUCCCCCUGAUGACAAACACUGGAAUGACCUUGCUUUGGAGUUUUACUACACCAAGAACAUUCCUCCACAUGAACGAAUAGUUGUACUGAGGGGUUCAGUGAUAGACUACACGUAUGGAGGGGGAACGAGUCCUGCAGUUCUCCUCAUCAUGGAUCGGCUCCAACGGGAUCUGUAUGCAGCCAUUAAACAAGGCUUGGACUGGGUCAGCAGACUACAGGUAUCUAUAGAUGUUGUGGAGGGAAUCCGAUUCUUACACAGUCAGGGUCUCGUACACAGGGACAUCAAACUAAAAAAUGUGCUGCUGGACAAAGAUAACCGCGGUAAGAUCACAGACUUGGGUUUCUGUAAGCCGGAAGCUAUGAUGAGCGGAAGUAUUGUGGGUACACCUAUCCACAUGGCCCCAGAGCUCUUCUCCGGUCGCUAUGACAACAGUGUGGAUGUGUAUGCCUUUGGAAUCCUGUUCUGGUACGUGUGUGCAGGCCAUGUCAAACUCCCAAAUGCGUUUGAAAAGUGUGACAACAAGGACCACCUAUGGACUUCAGUGAAAAAGGGUUUACGCCCAGAGAAACUUGCAGCUUUUGAUGCAAAUUGUUGGAAUUUGAUGGUGGAGUGCUGGGAAGGUGAGCCUCUGAAGCGCCCUCUGUUGGGAAAUGUUGAAACUCGCCUUCAAAAGAUACACGAAUACUUCCAUAAAAUACAACCUAGAUCCGAAUCACCUUUGUUGAAGAAGGGAGAGAAUCGGUCCCGAAGAAUUUCCGGAACAAGGUCACGGAUUCCAUCCAAUCAGUAAUGUAGAUCAAAUGUAGAGAUUUCCUAUUAAAGGAAAUUGAACUUCUUCAGAGACUGGUGUUUUUACUGGACACCAUUGAUAGGUUUGCUCAUUUUGACAGAGUGGAACAAAAGCGAGUCAACCAUGGAACAGCUUGGAUAUUUGUUAUGUUGUGUAAAAUGUUUAAAAGACUGAUUUUCUUUCUGAAAUCAGUCAAAAGUUUACCUGAUAUGAAACUUUACUACUGACACUGAACAAAUUUAAGUCUUUUUGUUGUGAUUACUUGAGUGGGUUUUAAUGAUAUUUUUAGGGAUUGCCUCUAUGAGACUUUCUAGGUCUGCCAAAAUUUUUUUAAAUUCACCUGGUCUUUAUUUAUACAAGGUUCUUGACAACAUUUACUGAUAUUUCCAAACUUAUAAUAAAAUAUUUCAUGAAAUUUCAGGAUUCCCCUACCAACAAGAGAUUACAACUAUAAUAACCAUGUGUAUUGUUUGUUAAAAUGUAUUACAGAAUGUAUUCAUAGUCUCCAUCUUACAAUGCAAUUCUUUGUAAUGUUUCUACUGACCAGCUAAUUAUAUUGUGUGUGUCAAUUAAAUACAAGAUAUAUAUAUAUUUAUAUGUAUGUUUUUUGUCGACAUAGUUUAUGUGUUGUAUCAUAAUAUCAUUUUCUGGUUGAGCUGUCAAGGUUGCCAUAGUUACAGUAGUAAUAUUUUGAAAUAUUGUUAAAAUGUACAUGUAUAACCUUUAUAGCAAAUAUUUGUACAACAUUUCACAUGCAUAGAUACCCUGAUUAAGGAUGUAUGCCACUUAACACAUAUCUUAUUUUUGAUUUGUGUUUGUCAUCAAAAAACAUGUUUUACAAUUUAAAUAUUCUGCCUUGUAUACCACCUAGGUAAUUCACCUGUAAAUUGUGUUGGAGUUAUGUCUCUGUAAAGAUUCUUUAUGUCUGUGAAUCAUCUCUUUAAAGGAAUUUUACUGUCUUUGAAAUUACACCUUUAAAUUGUGUCCCCUUAAGGAUUAACACUGCCUUACACAUUAUAUCUGUGCUUUAUUUCAUUUAAGGAUGUAUGAUGGAAAAAACACGUUUAAUAGAGUUAUGUCCCUUUAAGAAUAUUUUUGCCUUGAAAGUUUUACCUGUAAAAUAUGACAGCAAGUGUUGACAAAUACCCAUGGAUCUUCAUGGUGUAUCUUCCAUCAGUCGACAGGUAUUUAAGCUAAUUGAUGGGCACAUGACUUUAGGGUCCACCCCCGUUCUGUUAUUGGCUGUAGUAAACAGAAUAUCUGUCAAUUAGUUAACAAGUUGAUAGAAAAAAACCUGCUCUUCAGUAUGAGUAGCUUUAGAUCGAGUUACUCUCUUACAACACACCUUGUCCCUCUUCUUCAUCAUCAACAUGUUUUGGAAAUAAUCUUAGGCAUCUUUCCUGAUGGUUCAUAUUUUCCUGAAGACAAAACAGACUUGAUGUCAAUUUCAUGGAGGCUUUAGUCUCCAGCGACAGUAGGCUGUUACAAUUUUGUUUUUCACCAUCCGUUUGUAAACUCAAAGGAUAUUCAUCUUACUCAUUGUACAAGAAUAGAUGAAUUUCAGGGUAAAGUUGCUUGUAAUACUUCACAUCAACAUCAUCUUUUUAAGUUAACCUUUCUGAGUGAUUGGACUCUAUAAAAUCUUUGGUUGAUUUGACAACAGUUGACAGUUCUCAACCUAAUCAGUUUGGAUGUUGUGCAAAUUCUAAAUGAAAUGGGGUCAAACUUGCUGAUAAGCCUAAGCUCACCUACUUUCCUCAGGCCAUCCUAAGUUUCUGUAGAUAAUCAGUAGCUUCAGGAUCAUGUACCUUGCCAAGGUGACUGUCAGCUCAGCAUUCAAAGGAAGUUAUCAACCUAGAUCGUUUCAAUUAGCAUUAGGCUAACAGUAAAAACUAAGCCUCUUGAAUUUAUGUAGCUAAUUUCUUUUUCUGUUGCCACUUUAAAUAAACCCCAUCAUACUGUUUAAGGUACUUGAUUUAAUUACUGAUAAUUUAUACAUAUAGUCAUUAUAAUAUUUCAUCAUAGUCCAGUGCAAUAUGUUAUCGGUAACAAAGCGACUUCAUUGCCAUUCAAAGUGAUGUUCAUUGGCUAAUAAUUGCAUUUUCACACCAGGUAUUACAUAUAUUUAUUGAAGUGUGCCAUACAUUUAUAUCAUUUAUAAUUAUAUACAUGUACAUAUAAAUGUAUGUAAUCUAAACCAUUUAAAUUUAAUUUAAAACUGUUUUUAUGUUGAAAUGUGAAUAUAGACAGUUGAUCAAACUUUAGUUAAAAGUAGAUCAGAUUGUAUACUGUAUUGGCAAAGUAUUUUAUUCCCUGCUGGUAUUCAGACAGAGAAAUGCUUCUUUUGUAAGCAAAAACAAACUGAAUGUGCUUCAUUGUUAUUAUAGAACAGAGUGCUUAUUUUGUAAGCAUACACCAGAAAGUGCUAUUUUAGUCCACUAUCAUCAGAUGUGGACUAUUCAAAUCACUCUUCGUCUGUGGUCAGUAAACAAUUAUUGUUACGACUAUUUCUCAGAAGGUAUUGAAUAGAUCUUUUUCUCAAAUUACUUUUGAAGGUUCCCCUUAGCCCCUAGUUUUGCAUGUUGAAUUGUAAGACAGAUCAGAAAACAAAAUGGCCGACAGGUAGCCAUUUUGAAAUCAACAAGAGGCCUUUAGGCCUUACCAGUCACCUGAGUUCUGAAAUACAUACUGAUACGUAAUUGAUGUUUUUAUUUCUAAAUUAAGCUUUGAACACAUUAGACCUCUGUGACAUUGAGAGUACAUCAAGGUCAUAAUUUGAACACAUUUGUUAGCCCUUCAUCCCAGCAUGCUACUGGCCAAAUGUCAUGAACCUGGGCCUGUUGGUUAUUGUGGAAAAGUCGAAAUUGUGAAUCGUUUAUGAUACAAAAUGGAUCCUCAGGUGACCUAAAAAUGGGUGACAGGUAGCCGUCGUAUGUUUUAACAUUUGAAGUUUGUUAUGGUCAUUUCUUUAGAAGUACUGGAAAAGAAGGAAAGGAGAAGGAAGGGAGAAGUAGAGAAAUGAUCUGUCUUCAUGAACUAAUAGAGAAAACCAUAUAAUCUUGUAUGGGGGAAUUAAGAAAUGGCAAUUAUGUAAAAAGAAGUCAGAGAAAUUUUCCAAAAGAUGAUGCAUGGCACCAUAAGCUUGAAAAUAGAGUGAAUAGGUGAAUGUGUUUAACAAAGAUCAUUCAAUGGUGGGUGCCAAGAACCCUGUGGAAUCUCUUGUUUGUAAGCAUUGAACUAGGCCAGCUUUGUUGUAUCUAUAAAUGGAGUAUUCUGUGUAUAGUUGUAUCAUUUUAAAUUAGUACAUACAUGUAUUUAUGAAAUUCUUUAAAAUGAUCUUUUGCACCAAAUGUUCAUUGGUACCAAUGUUAAUGCAGGGCUUUUUCUCACUGGUUUGGGAUGUGACCUUUUUGUCUCAUUUCGGGGAAGAAAAUUGGUGAAUUGGGAAUGAUUUUUUCAGGAAUAAACUGUAAAUUUGGGGAAGUUGGCUUCAAUUUGAAAUAAUUUCAUUUGGGAAUGGGCCCAAAAAGCCCCCAGAAAAAGCCCUGUAAUGUGACACGGCUUAGCUUGAGCCAGACAGACCUAGUAUUCCAUGUAACCUUGUGGUACCACUUGUGUAGAUUUCACUUUUUGCAAUAAUUUCUUGGGAGACUUAUGCCAGAAAACAAUUAAUAAUUUUGAUUUGUCUUGCCAUUGAAUUUAAAUAAUUGAAUGGGAAACUUUUCGUACAAUAUAAUUAUGUUAAUAGCUUCUUUUACUUCUGGUUCUAGGUUCAAAAUUGUAUGUCUAAGCUCAAAAUUUAAACUGAUGAAAAUUUCUCAAAGAAACUCACAAAUUUAUCUUCAUCGCCAUCUAAAUGCAUUGUGAUCAAGUCAUUUGUAAACUUCACCUAGCUCCAUUCUGGAGGUUAGCAAUAUUUUCAAUGAAAUCUUGUGUUGUAAAUUUAAAAAGCGAAAUGAAGAUGCAAUGUAUCUUGAUGGGACCUGGCCCCAGUUUUAAUAUUCCCUAACUGAGGGAUAUAUUUUUUUCUCUAUAGGAUAGCAUUACAGAAUUUAAAGAAAGUUCCUUACUGGACAACUAAUUUUUCCCAUUGAAUCCAAUAAUGCUUUCCUAGGGAAAAUUUAAGAUAAGGAAUGUUGAUGAAACCUGGGUUUGGAAAUUGACUUGUAUCUAAUAAGGUUACUAUAUAUGUAUGCCCAGUAUUAAGCCCAUACAGCCAGUACUUACCCAAGUUGGGUUAGGCUUGUUACCAGAUAGAUACCGUAUACUGCUUCUAGGUUGUGUGCUUCUUAUACAGAUUUUUCACACAUCUGAGUUUACUGUUCGGCUUUAGGUUUCUAAAUUUUAAUGAAUUUCAUUUCAAUUGUUUUCUUAUGUUCCUACAAUAUACAAGAGAUAACCUGUUUCCAUUGAAUAGAGUUCUACUGUAAAUAAACUACAUGAAGAUAUU